CCUGUUUUUGCACAAUUCCCGCUGUGUACUAUAGUGUUGCAGUCUCCAGUUUCUUCUUCUGUUUGGCAGUUCAGGGUAAUGAGGAUAAAAUGCACGUAAUAACCAGAAGCUGUGUCCUGUUGUUCUGGAUGCAGACACUGACCUUCGUCAAAAGUCAAGUUCCUCCUGGUGGCUGUACACUUCAAGAUUUUCGAAAUGGGCCCUUGUUUGAUUCCAAUUUCGACACAACUGGUCUGGAGUCCCAUUACCCCGCCGGGAAACAAAUAAGAGUGAGCUGCAGUAUUGGCUACAGUGGGUUUUUCAAACUGAGCUGUGUCGAGGGUAAAUGGGUGACGAAAAACACGAAAUGUCAACCGAGGUCAUGCGGUCAUCCCGGUGACGCCCCAUUUGCCGAUUUUCAACUGUCGGUAGGAGACGAUUUUGUCUUCGGAUCACAGGUUCUAUACACCUGCCACAAGGGGUAUCAAAUGGUCAGUCGGACUAGCCAUCGGCGCUGCUUGUCAGAAGGCUGGGAUGGCGUUGUUCCCACGUGUGAAGCCCAACAGUGCCCAGUUAUCAAGGUGAACGACAACGUGCAGGUAAUCGGGGACCCGGAGGAAGCCAACUUUGGCAACGUUGUUCGAUUCAGCUGCAAGUCCAACUCGGAUGUCCUGAUUGGAUCACAAGAGAUCUACUGUAAUGAAAGGGGAGAGUGGAGCGGAGAAGCUCCGAUCUGUAAAGUGAUGCGUUGUUUGGUACCUGUGAUUGAAAAUGGCAGAGUGCCUGGAGACGUAGAAGAGUACAAGGAACAUGAAAUCCUACAUUUCCAGUGCAAUCCAGGAUUCCAGCCCAGUGACGACAGACCCUCAAAAUGCACAAAACUCGGGUUAAGAGCCGGGUGGAACCCCACUCCUGAAUGUGAACCGAUAAGAUGCAAACUGGAACUGCCAUCAGUCUAUGGAACCGAAUAUGAACCUUCUUCCAAAAGCGAGUUUUCACCUGGAGACAGAGUCACAGUGAGAUGUGCAGAGAGCCACUGGAUUUCUGACAAAUUGCAAAGAUCAACAGUGGUCUCAUGCAAAGAGGAUGGAAAGUGGUCUCUCAGACCCGUUUGCCAAGAGGUGAUAUGUAGGAAUCAAAGAGAUCAGCACGUCUCUUGGUGGGACGUCUACUGGGGACAACAGUUGAAAUUGGGGAAUGAGGUUAGAUAUCAAUGCAAAUCAGGCUACAAGAAGACGGGUGGUGCCACCAGUGCCACCUGCACCAGAGAGGGCUGGAAACCAGAUCCAUUGUGUGAAGCUAUCACAUGUGACAGAGAUGAUGUCGCGAAUGCAGAUAUUAUCAACCCCCAAGACAAAUACAGAAUCAAGGAUCGGGCCAAUUAUGUCUGCAAGGACGGUUACGAAGGAGAGUUUUAUCGCACCUGUGGAGAAAAUGGUUGGAGCAGACCCUCACAAUGUAGAGAAAGAGGUUGUAAAAAACAAGACAUCAGAGAAGCACACAUUUACCGCAAUGACAGGUACAGUUACAGCCACGGUGAAAGAGUUCACUACCUCUGCAAUAAAGAUGAAGAUAGACGUUUCAGUAUCGUCUGUGAAAAAGGAGUUUGGACCGGGAUCCAGAGCUGCACAGAUUGUCCGAAAGCUGAAGUUUCUAAUGGAUUCUCUACUGGUCCGUACGGUGACAAACUGUACUACACCUGUAAUGAAGGUUAUAAGCUUGUCACCAGCGGCUGGUGGGCUGAGGCUCAGUGUCAUGAUCGCCUGUGGUCUGGACUUCAUCUAUGCAUCGAGAACAACGCAUGUGGAGAAGUGCCUGUGAUCUCUAACGGGGAGGUGAACACUCUACGUACUCAUCAUAAAGAAGGAGAAAGCGUCACGAUUAUUUGUAAGAAGGGAUUCACCGGCCAGGUGGGGCAAUUAACCUGUCGUGCUGGAGAAUGGACUUCAGAAGGACUGUCACUCACAGCAAUCUGUGAACCUGAUGCCGAGUCCUGCAGCCCUCCACCGAAGGUUCAAAACACUGUUGUUGUGGGUUUGUAUCAGAGGGAGUUCCUGUCCGGCUCUGACGUGACGUAUCAGUGCCGGGACAGUUACCAGAUGGAGGGAGACGCAACGAUUAGAUGCAACAAUGGGAAUUGGGAGAAGCACAACAUCGUGUGUACACCGAUAAGUUGUCUGGUACCUGUGAUUGAAAAUGGCACAGUGCCUGGAGACGUAGAAGAGUACAAGGAACAUGACAUCCUGCGUUUCCAGUGCAAUCCAGGAUUCCAGCCCAGUGACGACAGACCCUCAAAAUGCACAAAACUCAGGUUAGGAGCCGAGUGGAACCCCACUCCUGCAUGUAAACCGAUAACAUGCAAACUGCAACUGCCGCCACUCGAUGGAACCGAGUAUGACCCUUCUGACAAAAGCGAGUUUUCACCUGGGGACACAGUCACAGUGAGAUGUGCAGAGAGCCACUGGAUUUCUGACAAACUGCAAACAUCAACAGUGGUCUCAUGCAACGAGGAUGGAAAGUGGUCUCUCAGACCCGUUUGCCAAGAGGUGACAUGCAGCAAUGAAAAAGAUCCGCAUUUGAAUUGGUGGGGCGUCUCCCAGGGACAACGGAUGAAAUUGGGGGAUGAGGUUAGAUAUGGAUGCAAAUCAGGCUACUGGAAGACGGGUGGUUCCACCUGGGCCAGGUGCACCAGGGAGGGCUGGAAACCAGAUCCAUUGUGUCAAGCCCCUGUGCUCCCUCAGGAUUGUGACUGGGGGACAAACACACAGGAACUCAGCUCAGAAAACAGCUGGACUCUGCACAGCUGCGCCGCUGAAAUGCAACUGUCUCUAAUUCUUGUGCUGCUCCAGUUGUGGGGCAACGUGGAGGUUUCUCUGUCGCAGAAUGUAUGUUCCAAGCCCCCCGACGUUCCUCACGCCAGCGUCACCGACGAGACCAAAAGAGCCGAGUACCCACAAGGACACGUGGUCCAUUUCACAUGUGAAACUGGUUAUAUAUCAGGUCCAACCAUCAGAUAUAUGUGCUCGAGCGACGGCUGGAUGGCCCUUCACAAGGGGACGUGCUACUUGAAGCCAUGUCAACUUCCUGAGGACACUCCCAACGGCCACUAUCAGAUUAUCAACGGGGAUGACUUUGUUUUCGGAGCAACCAUCAAAUACUUCUGCAAUGAAGGGUAUCAAAUGGUGAGCAAGGAGGACACGCGCACCUGUUAUCUGGACAAAUGGACCAAUCAUGUGCCAGUAUGUGAUCCUCUGAGCUGUGAGCCCCCUGCGGAUGAAGAGAUCACAGUAAAAGGUUUACCAGAGAACGACGAGCCCAUACUUCCUGACCGCUUCCUCGAAAUUAGCUGCAACGUUCCUGGGAAAUAUCUGAAUGGCAGCACGAUGCUGAUAUGUGGGAAAGACGGACAGUGGAAUCAUCCGCUCCCCACGUGUGAAGAUAUCACUUGUGAGGUCGGAGAGAUGCAUCCUAGUCUCAGGGCAGAUGGAUUAUCAUCAGGAAAUAAAACACUGAAGAUUGGACAGAAGUUAAAGUUUCACUGUGAAGAUGACUACAGUCUGGAAGGCGCUGAUCAAAUCGAGUGUUUAGAGACUGGGAAGUGGAACGUCCACUUUCCAACUUGCACUGACAAAUGCAAAUUCACAGGAGCCCCGCACAACAUGCACGUCCGAGGUCCAGGCUAUCAACUCACUCAGGGACAAAAGUUGACGUUUUCUUGCCGCAUGAGGAGUCACGUUCUUCGGGGCAAAUCAGAAGUUAAAUGUUUGGCAAACGGACAGUGGAGUGAUCCCUUUCCAACAUGUGGAGAGCCUCUGGAUUGUAAGAAACCACCGCCUCUUGAAAAUGGAGACACCAAGAACACCGUGCGGUUCAGCUACAGACACAAUGAGAGGGUUGAAUACAUCUGUCAGUCUUACCACGACAUGCAGGGAGAACCCUUCAAAAGGUGCAACAACGGUGAAUGGACCGGAGAGAUAAGAUGCCUCAAACCCUGCACUGUGGACGAUGAAGCUAAGAGGACACGCAACCUUAUGUUCAGGUACAGUGGAAAGAAUAAAAUGUAUGCAGCCCACGAUGACUGGAUCGAGUUCUGGUGCAACACAGGAAGACCUGUCGGCUCCGUGGGGAUGCGUCAAAAGUGCGUGGACGGCGUGCUGCAGCUGCCCCUGUGCCAAUGAAGGCUUUCUAGUCCAGUGGAUGUGAUAAACACUGAGGGGUCAUGAAUCAGUCAGGGCAUAACUACUGGAACUGAUGUCAAUUUAAUAAUAACUGUUCUGACACAAAAUAACAAGAAAGUGUGUUGUAGUAUUCCACUUUGACUUUUUGUUGUGCUGAGAGGAAGAAAACACACAAUUUACAGUUAUUUCUGUGAGAUUCCCUGAGAUUUUUGGUAUAGAUUUGGUUAAAAGGGGAGAAGGUGAAAGUUUGGGUCAAACGUAAAUUUAGACUUUUUGCUUUGUAAUGGAAAAAACUCAUUAAUUACUGUUUGUCAAGCCCCAGAAAGCAGGUUUGGGUUUUGCUUAUCAAUAAAAAUGUGUGUGAUAUAAACUGAAAAUGACUGUUGCUACACUGAAUUUCUGUCAAUAAAAAAAUCUUAAUAGAU